AUGUACCGAAUCGGUGUAGACGUCGGCGGAACCAAUACCGAUGCGGCUAUUCUAGAUCUCACUGCUGUCGAAUCCCAAUCUCGUGGGGUGCUGGCCACCUGCAAGACCUCGACAACCCGAGAUGUAACACAGGGUAUCAAGACUGCCAUAGAAGAUGUGCUUGUCGAGUCCAGGGUCGAAAGGAGCAAAGUUCUCAACGUGUCCAUUGGCACCACGCAUUUCGUAAACGCCGUGGUUGAAAACGAUGCCCGAAGACUCCAUCGGGUGGCGGCUCCGCCGUUUUCCGAUUUCCCAUAUGCUUUGAGAAACAUCAUCGAGGGUCCUUCAUUCUAUCUGGAUGGCGGCUUGGAAAUCGACGGUCGCGAAAUCACUCCUCUGAAUCCCGACCAAAUCAAAGAAACGGCAACGGCAAUUUCCCGAGCCGGUAUUCGAUGUGUUGCUGUGGUCGGGGUAUUUUCUGCCCUCGACCAUGAUGGCAUUCACGAAGAAAGGUGUAAAGCUCUCUUACAAGAAGCCCAACCCGCAUUGUCGGUGGUGUGCUCUCAUUUGAUCGGAGGACCGGGUCUCUUGCCACGAGAGAAUGCCACCAUCCUGAAUGCCUCCAUCCUCGAGUUUGCUCGAAAAACCAUCACGGGCUUUCGACGGGCCAUGUCUCGACUUGACCUCUCUUGUCCCCUGUAUCUCACUCAAAAUGACGGAACUCUCACCGAUGCCGCCGUUGCAGCUGAAUUGCCGGUGAAGACAUUCGCCAGUGGUCCAACCAACAGUUUGAUGGGAGCUGCAUUUCUUCAGGGCUUGGAUCAUGGAGAUAAACGAAUGACCGAUACACAAUUCGUCGUCGUCGAUAUUGGCGGCACCACCACUGAUAUCUGUGCUCUCCUCCCCUCGGGAUUUCCUCGCCAAGCACCCAAUUUCGUCGAAGUCGGUGGUGUUCGAACGGCCUUCUCGAUGCCGGACGUACUCUCUAUCGGUCUGGGUGGAGGGAGUCGCGUGCGACAAAAUGGGGAAAUUGUCACUGUUGGGCCCGACUCCGUUGCUCAUCGCCUGACGGCCGAUGCCAUGAUAUUUGGGGGGAAUAUCAUGACAGCAACUGAUAUUGUCGUCGCUUCCAAGGCGGCAGAUAUUGGAGAUUGGGAAAAGGUCAACAGCCUUCCGGAAACCCUGGUCGCAGCUGCCAAGGCGGAUAUCCAAAAGCAACUGGAAAGAGCCAUUGACAAUAUGAAAGUCUCCUCUGCCCCUGUCUCUGUUCUGCUGGUCGGCGGUGGAUCGGUCAUUCUCACGGACUCUCUCAAUGGGGUGGAAGAAUGCUUGCGACCGCCUCAUCACGAUUCUGCAAACGCCGUUGGAGCGGCGAUUGCCAAGGUUGCCGGGGAAGUUGAUGUGAUUGAAAUCCUGGCCGGUCGCGAUGAGAAUCGAGCAGUCGAGAUGGUCAAAAAAGCAGCUAUUGAUGCAGCCAUCUCCAGAGGGGCAGACCAAAGGAACGUCGAGGUCGUGGAGAUCAAGAAAAUACCGCUGCAGUAUGUGACCAAUAAGGCCACCAGAUUUGUCGUCAAGGCCGUUGGUGGUCUCCGAGCAGCAGAAGUCUCGAUCCAAGAGUCUGGCCAGAUGAAUAUUCCCGAUGAGGAUUGGGAGAAUGAUAAUAAUCCAGGGGACGAAACGACCAAGGCUGAGAUGACGAACACGGAAAAGGGGAGCAUGGCUAAGCCGUCCUUGGGCAUGGAUCUGGCAAACUAUCGUCCCAGAGUCGAAAACGGAGUUUGGUAUAUCUCUCCCGUUGACGUUGAACUGAUUGCUUUGGGAACGGGAAUUCUAGGUACCGGUGGUGGAGGUUCCUCAUACCUCAUGGCAUUAUACACCCUCAGCAUUCUUCGCAAAAGCAAUACUGGGACCAUGCGAGUCAUUCGCCCUGAAGCUCUGAAAGAUUCAGACAUAUGUGUCUUUGGUGCUUCAUACGGAGCCCCGUCCGUAAGUGACGAAAGAAUAAGUUCGGGCACAGACGUCUUUUCGACCAUUGAUGCCAUCAACACCGUAAUGGGUAUCACUGACUUUCAAGGUAUUGUUGCCGACGAAAUCGGUGGUGGGAAUGGUUUGGUUGUUUUCCCCACGAGUGCUCGAUACGAUCGACCGGUGAUCGAUUGUGAUUUGAUGGGACGAGCUUAUCCAACGCUGGAACACGGUACUCCAUAUGUUUAUGGAAUGCCCUUGUUACCAUUUGGCACGGCCGAUUGUAAAGGCAACACGGCUCUUGUUGUUGCUGCCGAGACCAAUACACGAGUGGAGAGCAUGGUUCGUAACACCUGCAUAGAACUCGGCAAUGCCACCGCUGUAGCCGCGAGACCCUUGACUGGUGACAUUAUUCAGAAAUAUUCCGUUCCCAAUACCAUAUCACAAGCAUGGUACCUAGGAAGAGCUGUCCUCUUGGCUAGGCAGUCCAAACUUGACUUUAUAGAAGCAAUCGCAAGUGUCACACCGGUCAAGACCCUCUAUACGGGUAAGAUAAUUGAUGUAACAAGGGACGUUUCUCGAGGCUACACUAUGGGUCGCAGCGUAAUAGCUCCGUUGGGUGCGGAUGAGGACGACACAUGGAAUGGUUCAGCCCCUGAGACUCAGCAUUUGGUAAUUCCUUUUCAAAACGAAUACUUGUACGCGGCAUACGUGGAUGAUGCCAGCGGGAAAGGGAAAGAGGAUGUCAUCUGCACCGUUCCAGACCUGAUAUCAAUCCUUGGUCAAGAUGGAGAAGCGUUGGGAUCCCCAGAACUUCGCUAUGGUCUGAAAGUCCGAGUCAUUGGUAUGCCGGCACAUCCUUUAUGGACAGGGACACCAGAAGGAUUGAGAAUUGGAGGUCCAGAAUACUUUGGUUUGCCAUUGGAAUGGAAGAGUGUGGGGGAAUAUCGCCGUCCCAAAAGUGUCAUUGAAGAAUUCGAUUCGUUAGGAUGUUCAUAG